UAAUACACUCGCGUCAUAUUCUCACAGAAAAUUCAUUCACAUUAGCAAACAAAAUCGAGGACAACUUUCAACGAGGAAAACAAACAACAAUAUCAAAGACAUACACGUUUAUACUUAUUCGUUACACAAGAACAAACAAAAAUCAAAUAAAAAGCAACAUAGAGAUUUGUGUUAAAUCGUUGUUGUUGUUGCCUCUGCCCUCUUGCACACCUGCCUUCCUGCCUGUCACACACAAUAAUUCAUCAUUGAUUUGUUUUUGAAACGGUAUUAUGAGCAUUUGGAGUGUAAGAUGCCUGUGUUUCAAGAUCUGUCGACAGGCGCACAUAUUGGCCAACAGAAAGCUAAUACCGACGGCACAGAGACUUCCCCAGCUGGGCAACGUUGCAGUCAACUAUCGGCCGGCACACAACAGCUUAUAUCAAAUGGUAAAAAAACGUACGCUCGAAGCACGCACCAAAUUGCAAGCCAAUAAAUAUCCAAAUCACAAUGCCUGCAUACAAGUGGCCAAAACCGUGGAAUUUGUGCCCGACUAUGAUGAGACACAUCAGCACCAAGAUUACUCAAUCGCCAGCAUUCAGAGUCCUUAUGCAUCCUUUGGUGCACCGAAAGAAUCACCAAUUCAAGCGGGCUAUCUCAGCACUCGACUAAAUUCCACUGCCCAGGAUGUGCUUAAGUCGUCGCAAUGUGAUCAAAAGUCCCGUGAAAAGGGUGAAAAACGUGAACAUGAUCCAUGUGCAGAAUUUCAGCGAUUGCGUCGCGAAUCACUUGCUGGUGGCUCAAGUGAUGAUGGGGGAGUAGGAGGAGGACGUGCUCCUGGCGGUAGCGGUGGUGCUGGUUCUGGUGGCGAUGAAAAAAAAGCAGCUGAAGAAAAAUUUGAACAACUUAAGAUGAAGUGCUUCAUUGGAGCCAUCGCUGCACUUUUCGCGGGUGGCUUUAUUGCCUGGCUACUAUCGCGUGGCGAGAAGCGCAGUGGCGAUGAGGUCGGCGACAGUCCGGACGAGGCGCUCAGGCGCGCUAAACUCACGGGUCAAAUAACGACGCCCAGCAGUUCGGAUAAGAUUCCCAGUCAUGUGCCGUAUUUAAUUGUUGGCGGCGGCACCGCUGCCUUCUCUGCAUUUCGGGCCAUCAAAUCGAAUGAUGCACGGGCCAAGGUGCUGAUGAUCAGCAACGAAUACCGCAAGCCGUAUAUGCGUCCACCGCUCUCCAAGGAGCUGUGGUACACACCCAAUCCCAACGAAGAUCCCAUCAAAGACUAUCGCUUCAAGCAAUGGACAGGCUCCGAGCGAAGCUUGUACUUUGAGCCCGAUGAGUUCUUUGUGGACCCAGAGAAGCUGGACGAGAGUGUAAAUGGUGGCAUAGCCGUCGCUCAAGGUUUUGCCGUGAAGAAGAUCGAUGCACAGAAUCGCAUUGCAACAUUGAACGACGGCUAUCAGAUCGGUUACGAUGUAUGCCUCAUUGCCACCGGCUGUGCACCAAAAAAUCUGCCCAUGUUCCAUGAUACGGCGCCCAGUGUCCGCGAGAAGGUCAUGGUCUAUCGCACCCCUGAUGACUUUGAUCGCCUUCGUCGCUAUGCAAAAGAGAAGCGCUCCAUAACGAUUGUGGGCAAUGGUUUUGUGGGCAGCGAACUUGCAUGCUCGCUGGCCCACUACUCCCGCCAUAACAAUGGCGGCAAGAUCUACCAAGUGUUCCCCGAGAAGGGCAACAUGUCUCGGGUGCUGCCCAAUUAUCUCAGCACGUGGACCACCAGAAAAGUGCAGGCACAAGGUGUCUGCGUUAUACCAGAGGCUAGCAUUAAAUCGGCAACACGAGACGAUUCCCAGCUGAAACUGGAGCUGAACAAUGGGAUGUCGGUGCUCUCGGACAUUGUUGUUGUUUGUGUCGGUUGUUCGCCGAAUACGGCAAUGGCUGGUCCCUCCAAGCUGGAGGUGGAUCGCACCCUAGGCGGCUUUGUUGUCAAUGCCGAGUUGGAGGCGCGUCGCAAUCUUUAUGUGGCCGGUGAUGCAUGCUGUUUCUAUGAUCCGCUACUGGGACGUCGGCGUGUCGAGCAUCAUGAUCAUUCUGUCGUCUCCGGACGACUAGCCGGCGAGAAUAUGACCGGAGCGAAGAAACCAUAUCAGCAUCAGAGUAUGUUUUGGUCGGAUUUGGGACCCGAAAUUGGUUACGAAGGCAUCGGCCUGGUCGACUCCUCGCUGCCCACCGUUGGCGUAUUCGCAUUGCCCUCCCCCAACGAUAAGCGUGCUGUGAAUCAUACAGAAGCUGUGGUGGAUACCACAUCGAGUGAUCGAGUGAAGAUUAUUGGCGAUGGAACCGAAAUGAGCUGUGAUCCCAGUGAGGAGCCCAACUACGGCAAAGGUGUCAUCUUUUAUCUGCAGAACGACAAGAUUGUCGGCAUCCUGUUGUGGAAUCUAUUCAAUCGCAUUGGACUCGCACGCACGAUAAUCAGUCAGAAUACGGACUACGAGGAUCUCAAUGAGGUCGCCAAAUUGUUUGACAUUCACGCGUAGUCUGACCAAAAAAAGAAAACCAGAUAUAAUAUCUACUACUGAUGUAUAAAUAUGUAUUUUAUUGAUCACUGACGCAAACACUUCUGACGAAGCAACGUUCCAAGUCUUCAGAUUAUAUGUAUAUACAUAUGUAUAUAUAUAUAUAUAUGUUUAUAUAUGUAUAUAUAUUUAACCGGCUCAGACCACAAAACCAAAACAAAGGCACAAUGCAGCAUAAAUUUAGUGUUAAAUUUAUUAUUUUGGAAUAAAUAGCUAACUUCUUUUUGUAGUCAAACCAUCGAUCCACAUUUGACUUUACCUGUGUCGUAUCCAGAUGAUCUGCUAAAGUUUAACGAAAUGCAGACCAAAUAUUCCGAUUAUAAGCCAUAAAUUGAUUAAAUCCCAUGUCAUUGCAUAA